AAGUUAGGAUAAUAUCCUCAAUGCUCCUUCAUCAAUGUUGCAUUGAAAGUGUUUUGGGCAGGCGGUUGCUCGGACUAAUUUAAUUUAGGUUAAUUCACGUAUAGUUUGCUUUUGACAUUCAGAUAUGAACAUUAAUUAACCGUGCCUUACCCCAACUUAAAUUUAACUAAAGUGAAAAGUGGCAACAAGUGUACAAAGCUUUGUAUUUUUUAUGCGAUAAUUAAAUAUUUUUCUAGAUUAUUUUGUAUCCAACAAUGCCCGACAAGAAAAGUAUUCUGAAAUGCCGUCAUUGCUCCAAGAGCUUCAAAUAUGACAGUGAAAGAAAGCGCCACGAGCAGAGCCAUGACCCCCAGUUUCAGUGCAAAGUUUGCAAUAAAAACUUCAGCUUUAUAUCAGCUCUACGCCGCCAUGAGAAGCAGCAUGAGAGGACAGGGACAGUUCAAUGUUCCGAAUGUGGAAGAGAGUUCAGAGAUAAUAUACUUCUUAAAAGACACACCAAAUAUGCACAUGGAGGAAAAUUCACAUGCACAAAAUGUAGCACAGUGUUCCACAGUGAGCCGGCACUGAAGACACACAUGAAAACACACAAGUCCCUGUCGGAGAGGCGCUAUGAGUGUAGCUUUGAGGGCUGCACCAAGAAGUUUAACUUUGCACACCAUUUGAAACACCAUGAGCUCACACACACAAAUACAAAGCAACAUUAUUGUAAGAUAUGUAAUAAAGGUUUCAUACAAUCACAUCAUUUGAAGACUCACAUGAAGACGCACACUUCAGACUCGUCUCUUAUCUGUUUGUUUGAUGAUUGCGGGAAGAAAUUCGCCACUGUGUACGCUAAGAAACGACAUGUGGUGAAACAUCAUCUUAAGCCAGAUAGUGGAAUAUCAUCUGACUCAAGUUCAGCAUGUGAUUUGUCCUUUAUGACAAAAAUGGAAACCGAAGAUGAUACCAUAAACUGCCCGUCGUGUGCACAAAUAAUACUCAAGUCUCAAUAUGAAAAACAUGCAUUUAGCUGUAUACAGAAUCUAAAAGAGGAAUAUUCUACCGAAAAUAUACCUGGAACGAUUUUUGAAAAUAGUGGAAUUGAGGAAUUAAGAAAACAAAGUAGAAAUAAUGACGAAGAAGUCGUCAACUGUAAGUUAGUAUUAGGCCGUUGUAUAAUGAGUGAUAAAGGCGAAAAAUGCGUUUGUGCACAAAUAUCUAAGACUGUUGAAGAAGAAGAAUAUGAUUUUGUACCUAUUGAUGAACCUUUAAACAUGACUAAGGCAGAUAAGAACACUGAUAACUUCUGUGAAGGUUGUGAUUGUUCUGAACGUUUUAAAGUUAAAACUGCACCAAUUAGGCCCUGUGGAGAUUGGCGGGAGAACGCGCCAUUAAUUGAGUACAAGACUGAUGGCACGUUAAAAUUGAAGGAAUUUUUGGAAAUUGAUAUUCCUGCAAUCAAUUCUCCAAUAGAAGAAAAAAAUACAUAUAAAGAAGUGAAACUAUUUCCCUAUAACAGUUGUAAAGCUGUCUUGGGUAACUGCAUCGUGAGUGGGAAUGGCACUAUGGGCGAUGGCUGUCUAUGCGCCAGGAUGGCAAUGGAUGACCAAAUAACUACACAAGAGAUUGAUGAUAUCACGCCGAGACCAAAACAAGAAAUGUGUCUGUGAUUGACAUAAAUACAAAUCCUAAGGUUGCUGACUUAAAUAGAGUUAUAUAUUUGUUGGUACUUAUUGAAGUCUAAUAUAAAUGUUGGUA